ACGCCCCGCUUAAAAACAAAAGGGACUUACGUUUGAGCCCUUCUGCUCCAGAGCCAGCACCACCAUAACCUCUGUACAUAUCACAGGAGCCUGGGUUGCACUCGUCUGUCAGUCCUCCUUCAACUUGUUGUCAAUUGAACACGCACACUCCCUGAGGUGCGGCUAACAUCCUCAUGAAUUCCCUUACUGCCUCUAUGUGGUGUCUACCUAGAGAGUUGAGGUCGGCUAGGAUCGACCUCUUUUCUAGAAAGGCUCUCCUCAUCGCGAGGUCUCUUAGCAGCUCGCCCUUACCUCCUCCUCCCUCUAUCACUCAAGAUGGCAAGAGUUUAAGUAUCCCUGACCCCUCCUAUCCUGGUCGCUAUCAUGCAAUAUGGCUACGCCACCAUUGCCAGUGUCCGGAGUGCAUGGCAUCAACAGGACAGAGGACCGUACCAUUAUCUAUUUUGAGCGGCAGCGUGAGACUGACGGGUGCAAAAGUGGAAGGUAAUAGACUACAAAUGGACUGGGAGCUCACUAAUGGUGAUCCUCAUUCCGGGUACAUAGACAUGGACUGGUUGAAGGCUAAUAACUAUUCUAAGGAGUCUCUAUCAGCAUAUAAUGCAUCCAUUGAGCCAACUGUUGGAAAAACCCUCCCUGUUAUGGAACACAAGGAGAUAAUAGAUUCGACUGGAGGACUUUGGAAGUGGCUGUAUAAUUUGAAUAAUACAGGAGCCUGUCUGAUAAAGAAUGUCCCUCAGGACUUGAGCUCUUAUAGAAAAAUGGUGGAAAGUGUCUGCCCAGUACUCAAAACUAUAUAUGGAGAGUUCUUUGAUGUCAAGAUAGAGACUGACCCAAUCAACAUUGCAUAUACUGAUGAAGCACUUGAUUUUCACAUGGACUUGGUCUAUUACCAGUCGCCUCCAGGCAUCCAAUUAUUGCACUGCAUUAGGAAUGAUUCGUGUAUUGAAGGUGGCCACUCUCUUUUACUGGAUGUCCUCCCUGUUGUCGAGGAAAUGAGAAAGAAUCAUCACGAAGAAUUUUUGACCCUUACUAAAAUCCCGGCUACUUUUCAGAAGAUUCAUUUUGAAAGGUAGUAGCCUAUUGCAUCAUCAUUACCUCAUCAUUGCCU